AGCGCAGGCGCGCGCUCAUUCGUACUUCUGCGCGCACGUCGCGCACCUCGCGUCAACUCAACGAAACAAGUGCAUUAACCACGAAAUUUGAACUUUGUUAUUUGUGUGGCGAAUUGUUGGUGCACCAAGAUGCCGAAAAAUAUUUUAGCGGAGAUGGGCUCCCAAGUGGGGCUCACGCCCGCACGACAGAACAGGAAGGAGGCAGAAGAAUGGGCGCGACGUCAAAGCGGGCCGAUGGUAAACCCCUCCUUCGAACCAGACGACUUCUUGCCACACAGCUUAUCACCGGUAAAAGAUGAGAAAAAGAAAGCGGGGGCGGACAAGGGCAUAUUCCUUGUGAAUAUGAAGGAGAAGAACAUGCAGGAAGUGGAAGAAUAUGAACCUUAUGACAACAGAGUGGUUGAACACCCCACCACGAACACAGAGACUCUACUCCACCUUCUAAAAGGUAGUUUAGGAACGGGCAUAUUGGCCAUGCCUAAAGCAUUCGCCAACGCUGGAUACGUCGUGGGCACUAUCGGGACUAUAGUCAUCGGCGUGCUCUGUACGUACUGUAUCCACGUGCUCAUCGACUCCUGCUACGUGCUGUGCAAGCGGCGGAAAGUACCCUCGCUCACCUACACGGGAGUCGCUGAAGCGGCACUCUCUGAAGGCCCUGAUUGGUGCAAAGCGUGCGCGCCGUAUGCUGCACAUGUGGUGAACUCGUUCCUACUUAUAUACCAAAUAGGAACAUGCUGCGUAUACGUCGUUUUUGUAUCGGAUAACAUUGAAUACGUACUGACCAAAUAUUUUGGACUAGAGGUGACCGUAUUUCAAGUGAUGUGCUGUAUCCUUCUGCCGCUAGUGUUGAUCAACUGGGUGCGAGACUUGAAGUACUUGGCGCCAUUCUCCGCGAUCGCUAAUGCUAUCACAAUUGUUAGUUUUGGCAUCAUCCUGUAUUAUAUAUUCCGAGACGUGCCAACGUUAGAAGGCAAAGCGCCGGCUGGAGAACUGGCCAACUUCCCAUUAUUCUUUGGAACCGUCCUGUUUGCGUUGGAAGCUAUCGGAGUGAUUUUGCCCUUGGAAAAUGAAAUGAAGACACCGAAGGACUUUGUAGGCAAAUUCGGUGUUCUUAACCGUGCUAUGAUUAGCAUCAUCAUCCUUUAUGUUGGCAUGGGACUUUUCGGCUACCUACAGUACGGAAAUGAUGCUAAAGGCAGUAUCACUCUCAAUUUGCCAUCUAAUACAGAAAUAUUGGCUAGCGUGGUGCAAUGCCUGCUGGCGUUCGCUAUAUUCAUCACCCACGGGUUAGCGUGUUAUGUCGCCAUCGAUAUCUUGUGGAACGAGUACAUCGGCAUCCGACUGCUGAACAGCAAACGUCGGGUCAUAUGGGAGUACAUGCUCAGGACCGCGAUCGUUUUAGUUACAUUUGGUAUCGCGGCUGCAGUGCCGGAGUUGGAUCUGUUCAUAUCUCUAUUCGGAGCCCUCUGCUUAUCCGCCCUGGGCUUGGCUUUCCCCGCUUUCAUACAAAGCUGCACCUACUGGUACUACGUAUCCGACUCGGAAAGGAUCCGCAUGAUCAUCAAGAAUGCCAUCGUUGUGUUGUUCGGUGCACUGGGGCUCGUCGUCGGGACUUGGACGUCUCUCGAAGGCAUUAUCAUCAAGUUCUCAGCACAUGCUCCGGAAUCUCUUACAAAUUCCACAUUUUCCAGUACGGAAGCGAGUAUUCUCAACACAACAUCAUUUCCCUGAACGGUGAUAACACGUGUUGAAGUGAGUGGAACAUUACUACUAGCGUAAAUAUGAGUGCCAUUACGAUAGAACCGUCCGUGGCAUAAAAAUAGUACACAUACGCGUAGGAAAAUGUAGAUGCUUCCAGGGUUCCGUAGCAGCUGCUAACCCUAAUGGCAAUCCCUUUUAUGCAUUCUCUACUGUUGCAUUAUUUCUCUAGUUUACAUUCUUAUGAAACACACUUAUUAUUUUGUUAUUCGUAUUUUUAUUAUUAUUAUUAUCAUUUUUCUACGUUGCUGCUAUAAUUUUACGAUUUAAUUUAAUGUGAAUAGUCAUUCCAUAUACUUGUUUAAAAGUGUAUGUAUUAGUGAUAAAGAAUUCUUUUUUAUUUGGUAUAGGAGUUCACAUUUCCAAUAUGUUUAAUGUAGCAGAAGUGUCGAUAACUCUAUCUAAAGUGGGAUGCGAUUAGGAGACUUAACUAUCUUAAGCAUUUCUAUACACUAUUCAAUUAAUUGAAAUUACCUACAUCACUAUACAAUUAAUUCAAAUCUUUUAGUAAACUAAACUUUAAUAUUUUCUACAGCUGUCUCCUAUAUCGGUAGAUACACCAUGGUAACUGCUACGGAGCCUUAUUAAUGCGUGUCCGACACGCGCUUGGUCGGUUAUUUAGAAUUUUAUUAGAUUUUUUCCAUUACUAAUAUACAAUAAUAAAUAAGAUAACUAGAAUAAUUAUUUUAACUUGAUUAAUUUUAAUAUAUUUUAAUUGUUAAGAUUGUUGCCUUGUUUAGAAUUAUAGUCGCUGCAAAUUAUAUAUUGUUAAACAGACCAUUAGGAGACAUAGACAUAUAUGAAUCAAUUGUUUGGUUUAAUUUAAUAUGUUCGUUAAAUUGCAGUAUGGUUUAUAUUAUAACAAUCACGUAGUUCCUUAAAAUGUCAUAAAUGACAAAAACGCGUUGUACAUAGAUUAAUUAUAAUAGGUAAAGAAAAAUAUAUUUAAUAACGAAUGACGAAUGUGCCAGUGGCAGCAGGCAGUAUGUGACGUACUAUGUGAAGUAAAGAGAUGGCCAUGAAAAGCAAGAUUUUAAAUGAUAAUUUAAUUAUAGAAGCCUAUUGAAUAAGUCGAUAAGUACAAAUGUAACUGAGAAUAUAUCACCCAGGCUCUGACAUGGCGUGCACUCCUAUCUGCCUGUAUUAGUAUUAAUGCUAGUAUCCUACGACAGUGAGAUUCUAUGUCAAGUGAAGCGUGGCAUUUUGAUAGAGUAAGUUAAUUCUAAGUACAAUCAGAGACGUAGUUUUAUUUACAAAAGUUAUAGAAUCAAAGAAUAUAAUUGUGUACAUUUAUCACUGAUUAAAAUCGAUAUAUUUGUACAUGUAAAUGUGUACAAAGAUAAAACAUACAUACUUUCACCUCGCGAAAAUUGUUACAGAGUAAAUAUUUUGUUGAGCAAUAUGACUGGAUUAUACAUUUGAUGUUUAUUCAUUCCUAAUAGUCAUAGGCGGUAUUAUAACAUUGGUUAAAAAAAAUAAAACAGUUCUGUCUCACAUAUUUAUAUAAAAACCACGUGAACUCGCAGAUACUGUGAUGAAAUCAUGUCAUAGGCAGCACGUUUAAUAAUGUAAUUAUUAUCGCUCAAUACACAUAUUUGGAAAUAAUAUUUAUUGAAUAUAAAAGAUGAUGGGCAUUUUACGAUGGUAAUUGGGAGCUUAACCAACAGAAAGAAAUAAAAUGAUUUCACUUCUAUUAGGAUCCCAUUCUAUUUUCCCGGGAUUCAAAGAUAGAUCUUAUUUCUCCUUGUUUUAAAUGUAUCAUUGGAUGUAUAUCAAAUUUCUCUUCUGGUGGACACCCAAUUUGCUCAAGAUCCUUUGUCCGGUCAUGGUUUUAUUAUGGAAUUAAUCUGUGAUGUUGAUAGUUAAUAAUAUAUUUAUUAGGGCCUAUUUUGGUUAACUAUUUAGUAUAUGAUGUGAUCCGCACGUCAGUGAUAUUGUGCUCAGAGAGAAGUCGGAGACUCAACCACACGGAGUCGUAUCAAAGUUGCGAACAGCGCGCGAGUGCUAUCCGCGCGGCGUUUCCCGUUCAAACGACAAUUGUCAAUAUUGUUGUUGACUAUCCUACUUGUAUUUAAAUCUUUCCUCUAUGCCGUGUGUUUGAGUCCUUAGGGUUGAACCCAACACAAAUAAAUUUGAACCCACAGAA